AUGUGGCUCUCCAGACCAGUGGAAACAUAUAUUCUCUCUGGUACUUACAACAGGAAACCAGUCUUAACCUAUUCUCCCGGCUCAGACAUGGCUGGGUUAAUAGAAGCUGUUGGAGAUAAUGUAUCUGCUUUUAAGAAAGGUGAUAGCGUUUUCACUACCAACACAGUCUCUGGGAGCUAUGCAGAAUAUGCUCUUGCUUCUGCUCAUACGAUUUUUAAACUUCCUGAAAAGCUGGACUUUAAGCAAGGUGCAGCCAUUGGUGUCCCAUCUUUUACUGCUUAUCAAGCUCUGUUACACAGUGCCCUUGUGAAGGCUGGAGAACGUGUUUGGGUUCACGGGGCUAGUGGAGGAGUUGGAAUAGCAGCAUGCUGCAUUGCUAGAGCUUAUGGUUUAAAGGUUUUGGGCACAGCUAGUGCUGAUAUUUUGCAAAAUGGAGCCCCUGAAGUGUUUAAGCACAGAGAAGUUAAUUAUAUUGAUAAAAUUAAGAAAUCUGUUGGACGAAUAAUAAUUGUUGGCAGCAGAGGUCCUAUUGGAAUAAACCCAGGAGAUACCAUGACAAAGGUGUCCAGUAUAAUUGGAGUUACUCUCUUUGCAUCAACCAAAGAGGAAUUUGAGGAAUGUGCUUCAGCCCUUGAAGCCAGAAUGGAAAUUGGUUGGUUGAAACAUAUAGUAGGCUCUCAAUUUCCAUCGGAGAAGGUGAACCAAGCUCAUGAAAAUAUCAUUCAUGGUAGUGGAGCUACUAGAAAAAUGAUUCUUCUCUUAUGA